CUGUCACACAACCCUGACCAGGGCUGGGCACAGACCUGCAACCAAGGACCAGAAUGGAGAGGACGUCCCAGACAUGGCGGUCCAGGCUGCCAGACAACACUGCCUUGAAGCAGCAGCGAUUACCUGCCUACCGGCUGCAUCUCUCAGCCUCCAAAGUCCUCUGUGGCUUCUUUGCCACAGGAGCAUUCUGCCUUGGCAUGGGCAUCAUCCUUAUAUUGUCUGCAAAGAGCAUCAAGGAAAUAGAGAUUAAUUACACAAAUAUAUGUGCAAAUUGUGCAGAACUACGGGAAAACGCCAUUAAUUUUGACAAAGAAUGCACCUGCUCCAUUCCUUUUUACCUGCCAGAAACAAUGCAAGGUAAUGUUUAUAUGUACUACAAAUUGUAUGGCUUCCAUCAGAACCUCUAUAGAUAUAUGCUAUCCAGAAGUAAUAGCCAACUGUUGGGUAGAAAUAUAAAGGAUGUUAGAAGCUGUGAUUCAUUCAAAAAGACCCACAAUGGAACGCCCAUCUGUCCUUGUGGAGCUAUUGCCAACAGCAUAUUCAAUGACACCAUUAUUCUUUCAUACAACCUUAAUUCAUCUAUACACAUCAAAGUCCCAAUGCUAUCGAGAGGAAUUACGUGGUGGACAGAUAAGUUCAUCAAGUUUCAGAAUCCAACUUCCAAAAAUCUUCCUAGUGCAUUUGCAGGAACUGCAAAGCCGCCACACUGGCCUAAGCCUGUCUAUGAACUGGACAGAAAGGAUGUAGGAAACAAUGGCUUCAUCAAUGACGAGUUUAUUGUGUGGAUGCGGACAGCUGCCUUUCCCACUUUCAAAAAACUGCACCGUCGACUCCAUCGAAUCCAGUAUUUUACUGAAGGCUUGCCUGCUGGUAACUAUAGUUUCAACAUAACCUACAAUUUUCCAGUAACCAGAUUCCAAGGAGAAAAGUCAGUCGUCCUCUCCACGCUGAUGUGGAGUGGAGGCAGCAGCCUUUUCUUAGGUCUGGCCUACACGGUGACCGGAGCCAUGACAUGGUUGGCCUCCUUCUCCCUGAUGGCGAUCCACUCGAUGCAGCAAGAAAGGGAAAUGUUCUUACCCAGCUAUAAAAUCAAGCUUUAA